UCUUCAAAUGUUGAGUGGAUAUAUCAAGAGUCUCACCAAGCGUCCAGUAGUGCUGUUGUUAAAUUAGAUACUAAGCAACAAAAGGUGCUACUUGACUUUUUGAAACAGGACUUGCCAAACACAAUCUCGAUCUACGGAAGAGUGAAACUUAUUGCUAAUCAGAAAUGGUCAUAUUCUGAAAUUGUUGCUGACCAGUGGCCAAAUUAUAGAGCAAUUCUAAUUCGAGAAAAUCCAGAUAUUUGUGAUGGUUUCUUUGGGAGAUUUGUCGUGGUCUAUGGAAAUGACAAUGAGGCCAUGACCAAAGUCUUAUUCCAUCCUGGGAUUAUUGAUUGGACAAAGGAGUAUAUGUUUGAUAUACCUCCACAUUUUCAAGAUGUCCUCUCCUCGCUGUUGCCUGCUGGGUCACAGUUAAAAGCAGGCCUAUUGAGUGGUCAUACGUUUGUUGCCAGCCCGAAAACUAUGCAGUUUAGUCUGAACAUGCCAACAGCAGACAUUUCCGUCUCCGAAGUUCGGCAAGAGGAUGUAUCUUUAAUUGUCCCAAACUGGAUUGAACAUCCCGAAACACCUGUGUUUCUAAGACGACUGAUUAACGCCAAUCUUCCAACAGUGUGUCUCAGACUUCAAACAGGCCAACCUGUAGCCUAUUGUCUUACCCAUUUGCACAACCUCAUUGGUAUGCUACACGUUAUGCCAAAUCACCGAAAACAAGGUUUAGCCAAGGUCUGUGUAAGCUACAUGGCCCAAAACAAAUUUAAAGAAGAAGAAUUUGUUGGUGCUAGAGUCAGGUAUUAUAAUGGGCCAUCACAAAAGGUAUUUCUCAGUUGUGGAUUUGUCCGCCUUCCUGAAGCAAAUGACUAUUCUGUCAUGGAAUAUUAUCCUCCCAAAUAAGCUAGGUGUAUCAUUUAUAAUUACUCGGACAUUUAAUGUGUACGCAACAUAAUAUAUAUACAUGUACACACACACACACACACACACACACACACACACACACACACACACACACACACACCACUAUAAUGGCGUACAGCAAAGAAACAGUUUUAAUGUAUAGUCUAUACUCCAAAUGACAAGUGAAGAUAACAUUGAUAUUUUGUAACAGUUUGCAAUUUUGUGACAAUAUUAAUCAAAGACAUACGAAAAUACAACUAAUUAUGUACUGCAACAUUUGUAUAAUUUUAAAUCACUACAAUUUUAUGCUCGUGAAAAUAUAAAUUUGGCCAAUAAUUUUUAACAUUUUUGCUGUGUUUUUGUUUUUAUUUUGUCAUUUCUUUUUGGUUGCUUUUAUGGAUUACAAUGAAAGUAAGGAAAUGUGAUUAAAUAUGUCAUAUACGGGUACAUUCUUCAUAGCUGAUAUGCAAUAUGUAAUGGUACCACUUAUCUUAAAAUAUAAACUGUUUUUCAUUUUUAAAAUACAUAGCUCAGGUGUUAUUGCGGGCAGGCAUAGUGUUUGUAUUUAGCAACUCAAUAUGAUGUAUAAAAAUAAUUUAAAUAAAAUAUUUCUUAGAAAAAUAAUAUUUUUCAUCUCUGUGCUAUACAUCGCAACAAAGAAAAAAACAACAACUGUAUAGCACCCAAGGAAUAAAACGUAUGUCCAUGUGUUAAUACAGGGACAUGUACAAUGUUCAUUAUUAUGUGUGAUGAUACACCUCAUUAUGAUGUAUUUAACUAUGUAAAAAUAAGGUAGACAAAUUUUGAAAAAUAGUUUUUAUCUACAAGAAUUUAGUUUUUCUCAAGGAAGUACAAUCAUUUAUAUACAUGUAGUCAGUAAAAUAAUAGUAUUUCUUACAGGGUGUUAUUACUUAGCAACAAAAAACCCACAAAAAAACAAACAAAACAACAAACAACAACAACAACAACCUCCCAACAGAAAAAAAGAGACCCUUGAAUAUAUAUACUGGACGACAAAAGAAACGAUUCACAAAAUAUUACACAGCGGUGAAAACAAACCCCUCUGUAAUAUCUUUUCUUACACACCCAUUGGUGAGAACAUCAUUCGUUAUUUUUAUAUCACAUAUCUGUUUACACAUGCCUGUACGUAUGUUAACAAUUUCAAGACACACGACUGGCUGCUUCUAGGUGAUGACCAUACAUUCAAUGAAAAAACAGUCGAUCAAAAUCGAUUACACUGUGACGUAUAGUUAACCUGACACUCUGUGUUGCGUAAGGGCAAGGACUGUAAAUAACUUUUAGUCGAAAAAGAUGUUAAAGUUUACUUAAAACCUGGUGUUUGAGGAUAUGUAAGAAAGAGAAAUACAUUCGUGUCCGUUAGAUACCAUUUAUCUCAUAACUCGUUAUUUAAAAAACAUUUUAAAACUCGUUGUGAGAUAAAUGGUAUCUAACGGCCACUCACGUAUUAUUAUCUGUUUCUCAAAAUAUGGACACUGAAAAAGAUAAUGAAAUUCAUCACCAAGAUUUGUAUUACAUAGGACAUAGUCUGUCUCUUACAAAACACAAACCAUUAAGAGAGCUAUUGGAGCCAGCGAAAAUGUGAGGAGUGUCACGGUGUGGGUGAGGAAGGAUCCAGUUACCCCAAGUUAUUAUAAUGCCCUUUACGUUUCAACAAAAAAUACUGUUUACAAAAAAAAAAAAAAUCGAUUUAGGGUUCCCGUCUAUAUGAAAAUCUAUAUAUUAAAACUGGCCAUCGUUACAAAUGUUCAGUUGGGUGAUAUAUAUCCAAGGACAUCUUAUGUUCUGUCCUGUCUGUGGGACACUGCAUAUAAAAGAUACCCUGCUGCUAACGGAACAACGUAGCGGGUUUCCUCUAUGACUACGUGUGAAAUAUUACCAAAUAUUUGACAAUCAAUAGCCGAUGAUUAAUAAAUCAAUGUGCUCCAGUGGUGUUGUUAAACCAAAAAACAUUAACAUGUAGACCUCCUAUCCCUACCUAAGAAAAAUCUCUGUAUUAAAACUGGCCAGUGAAAUAAAUCUUCAGUUCAGUGA